AUGCACAGUAUCGACGUAUCACAAGUAACAAUCGUGAUCAACUAUGAUCCUCCUUUGCUCUACGAAAAUCCUUCGGAACCUGACUAUGACACCUACCUACAUCGAAUUGGACGUACCGGGCGAUUUGGGAAAGCAGGUAUUGCGAUCAACUUCGUGGAUAGUCGCGAAGCAUUGGCGAUAAUCAAGAAAAUUGAAGCUUUCUUCGGAAAGCCUAUCCCUAAGUUGGAUCCUAGCGAUUUGGAACAAUUAGAAGCAGUUGAAAAUGAUUAA